AUGGCAGCCAUUGAAGAACGCGAGAUUCCCAUGCCUUCUCGUGGUGAGAACGGGAAGGCUAGCAUCAUCAUUUCCAUUCCACACGAUGUUUCAUUCAAAGCCGAACCAACAGAUGAAUCGACUUAUCCGUUCACACUUCCUCCCAUCAUCUUGCUCCAUGGGAGUUUUCAUGGUGCUUGGUGUUGGGACGAGCAUUACAUACCAUACUUUGCUCAGCUGGGAUAUCCUGUGGUGGCACUCAACUUUCGCGGAGCUGGAGACAAUGAUGCGACGCCUACCAAUCGAAAAAUUACGAUCCAAGAGCAUUGCGAAGAUUUACAUUGCUUCUUGCAACAAAUCCCAUCCCUUUUCAUCGAAUCUGAAACCACUUCUGAAGUACAUGCUCCGCCUUCCGAACAAGCAUCAAUAGCUCCGAUUGUCAAGCCAAUUCUGAUUAGUCACUCAUUUGGAGGGAUCGUUCUGAUGAAAUAUUUGGAGGGCGACUGGAAAACAAAAAGGCAAAAGACUCUUUCAGUGCUAUCAUUACAAUGUGCUCCUUGCCGCCCAGUGGAAUGA